CCCUCGUCAACCUCGACUUCUUGUGUUGAUCCUCGUCCGCAAAUUUCCAAGACUCAGAUACAAGAGGUUGAAAUCCUGAAACACGACGAGAUCAUAUCCUUCAGCUGGUUACUAGCGCAGGAUCUAGAUUGCAACGGAUUAUUGGUCGUAUCCCGGCGGUACAAGUGAGAUACACGCGCUCCAUAAACCUGGAGUAUCAACAGCCCCGGUGUACAUUCUUUGGCUCUUUAGAGACUCGCCAUAGCAAAAUGGUUGCUAUAGACCAGACGCUUCGAUGGAAGCACUUAUAUAAUGUCUUAACAAGAUCGGGCCCGUUCAGCGACGAAGACUGGGUUCCCGGACCAGAGACAAUAAGCACUUUAGAGUCGUCUAAAAUUCUAGUCAUAGGCGCUGGAGGACUGGGAUGUGAGAUCUUGAAAAACCUGGCUUUAUCAGGUUUCAAAGACAUUCACGUCAUUGACAUGGACACUAUUGAUAUCUCCAACUUGAACCGACAGUUCCUGUUCCGUCAAGUUGAUAUCGGCAAGCCUAAAGCCGAGGUUGCUGCCGCCUUUGUGGAAAGACGGGUCAAAGGAGUGAAGAUCACGCCUUAUGUUGGCAAGAUCCAAGACAAAGAUGAAGAUUACUACAUGCAGUUCAAGAUCAUCGUCUGUGGCCUCGACAGCAUCGAAGCCCGACGAUGGAUCAACUCUACAUUGGUUGGCAUGGCCGAUUUCGAGAACCCGGAGAGUCUGAAGCCGCUCAUUGAUGGCGGAACCGAAGGAUUCAAGGGCCAGGCUCGUGUGAUCUUGCCGACGCUCUCCUCCUGCAUCGAGUGCCAGCUGGACAUGCAUGCGCCACGACCUGCGGUGCCGCUUUGCACCAUUGCGACCAUUCCUCGCCAGCCCCAGCACUGCAUCGAAUGGGCCCACCAGAUUGCCUGGCAGGAACAGCGUAAAGAUGACGCAUUCGACAGCGACGACCUGGAACAUAUCGGCUGGAUCUACAACGCGGCGCUCGAACGGGGUAAGCAGUUCCAUAUCUCGGGAGUCACCUUUCAGAUGACCCAAGGCGUGGUGAAGAAUAUCAUCCCGGCCAUUGCUUCGACCAAUGCCGUCAUCGCUGCCGCAACCACAUCCGAAGCGCUGAAGAUCGCCACCUCGUGCAACCCUUACUUGGAGAACUACAUGAUGUACGCUGGGGAGGAGGGCGUCUACACGUACACAUUCGAGGCGGAGAAGAAACCUGAUUGCCCAGUCUGUGGCAACCUUGCUCGGAGGAUGACCGUGGAUCCCAACAUGACACUGGAGGCCUUCAUUGAGACGCUGGGAGAGCGACCCGAAGCGCAGCUGAAGAAGCCCAGCAUGCGGACCGAGGAGAAGACCCUCUACCAGCGGUUCCCUCCGCAGCUGGAGGAGCAGACCCGACCCAAUUUAAAGCUCAAACUCGGUGAUCUGAUUGCAGACGGCCAGGAAAUUGCAGUCAGUGACCCUGCCUAUACCAUCGAUUUCCGGUACAGGCUAGACUUCAGCUAGGAGGGCGUACAGUAACCGGCUUGAUCCGAGAUUCAUAAUGAUAUAACUGUCAUGCCUUUACGAGGAGUACACAAUUCUCCGAUGAUGACCCAUGUCAAGAAGUAG